CGUCACUUCCGGCGGCGGAGACUCAUUUCCUCUCCCUGCGGGCGGUGAGCUCCUGUGGAUCCGAGCGCUUCCAACAUGCGCAUCGAGAAGUGUUACUUCUGCUCUGGGCCCAUCUACCCCGGUCACGGCAUGGUGUUCGUCCGCAACGACUGCAAGGUGUUCAGAUUCUGUAAAUCCAAAUGUCAUAAAAACUUCAAAAAGAAGCGUAAUCCCCGCAAAGUCCGGUGGACGAAGGCGUUCCGGAAAGCAGCCGGCAAGGAGCUGACGGUGGAUAAUUCAUUUGAAUUUGAAAAACGUAGAAAUGAACCUGUCAAAUAUCAGCGAGAACUGUGGAAUAAAACAAUUGAUGCAAUGAAGCGAGUCGAAGAGAUCAAGCAGAAACGCCAAGCUAAAUUCAUAAUGAACAGGUUGAAGAAGAACAAAGAGCUCCAGAAAGUGCAGGACGUCAGGGAGGUCAAGCAGAACAUCCACCUCAUCCGUGCCCCGCUCGCCGGCAAAGGAAAGCAGUUGGAAGAUAAGAUGGUACAGCAGCUGCAGCAGGAUGUGGACAUGGAGGACGCUGUCGGUGCUGUGUCUGUGUGAAAAUCUCCUGGGGACGCGUAAAGUGUGGGCACCCUCGAUGUGUUUGUUCCUGGGUCCCUGGUGAAGGUGCCGGGGUCCUUUCCUGUGCUGCUAUCUGCCACCCUGCCGGCGAGGUUCUGGGUUCCCCCGGCACAGCCCACUGUAGAUGUGCUUCUGUAAGUGUGAAGGUUCUGUGCAGGUGCAGAGGUGAACAGUGGACAUCACAUGGCCGUGCCCUUUGCACGACGGCGUAGGCAGCGUUUGUGUAGACUCACCGCCAUAUUCAUAAAAGUGACACAGGAAAUAAACUUCUUUGUGUUAAAA